AUGCAACGCCGCGACGACCCCGCCGGCCGCCUGUCUCGGGGACAGGGCCCAGGAGGCCGCGCUCCGCCGCCGCGCCGCCCGCCCCGUGGCGGAGGGGCCCGCGGGGCCGCCAGCGGCGCGCAGCCGACGCCCGGUGCAGCCGCGGCCGGCGGGGCCGCAGGGGCGGGGAGCGCCGGUGGUUCGGCUGGCGGCAAGAUGGAGCCCGAGAACAAGUACCUGCCCGAGCUGAUGGCCGAGAAGGACAGCCUGGACCCGUCCUUCACGCACGCCAUGCAGCUCCUCACCGCAGAAAUUGAAAAAAUUCAGAAGGGUGAGACAACAAAGAAGGAUGAGGAGGAGAACUACCUGGAUUUAUUUUCCCACAAGAAUAUGAAACUGAAAGAACGAGUUCUGAUCCCUGUCAAACAGUACCCCAAGUUCAACUUCGUUGGGAAGAUCUUGGGACCCCAAGGCAACACCAUUAAGAGACUUCAGGAAGAAACUGGUGCUAAAAUCUCUGUGCUGGGGAAAGGUUCAAUGAGAGAUAAAGCCAAGGAGGAGGAGCUGCGCAAAGGGGGGGAUCCCAAGUACGCGCACCUCAACAUGGACCUGCACGUUUUCAUCGAGGUGUUCGGGCCCCCGUGCGAGGCCUACGGCCUCAUGGCCCACGCCAUGGAGGAGGUCAAGAAAUUCCUGGUCCCCGACAUGAUGGACGAUAUCUGCCAGGAGCAGUUCCUGGAGCUCUCCUAUCUCAACGGGGUCCCGGAGCCCAACCGCGGCCGAGGGGUCCCGGGUCGGGGCCGGGGGGCGGCUCCUCCUCCCCCUCCUCCUGUGCCAAGGGGCCGUGGGGUUGUUCCCCCUCCUCCCCCGAGGGGUGCCCUGGUGCGGGGAGCGCCCGUGCGCGGGGCCAUCGCCCGGGGGGCCACGCUGGCCCGGGGCGUGCCGCCUCCGCCGGCCGUGCGGGGCACUCCUGCGCCCCGGGCGCGGGCAGCUGGCAUCCAGAGGAUACCCCUGCCGCCUCCGCCCGUGCCUGAGAGCUACGAGGAAUACGGCUACGACGACACGUACGCAGAGCAGAGCUACGAGGGCUACGAGGGCUACUACAGCCAGGGCCAAGGGGAUACAGAAUAUUAUGAUUACGGACACGGGGAGGCACAGGAAACCUAUGAAGCUUAUGGCCAAGAUGACUGGAACGGAACGCGGCCGUCCCUGAAAGCCCCUCCGGCCCGGCCGGUCAAGGGGGGCUACAGAGAUCACCCCUACGGACGCUACUGAAACACAAAACAAAACAAACAAACAAACAAACAAACAAAACACAAAAAUGAGGGGAAAAAAAAUAACCCCAGUUUAAGAGCAAACAGUUGUUACUGGUUCUUGUAUCUCCCGGGAUUCCCGUUGUGCUUUACCCACGGCAGACAAGUAAUUGUCUCCCUGUUUUUAUUUCCUGGCCCUUUUUAUUUUUCUUUUUUUUUAUCCUCCCGCUCCAUCCUCACCUUGCAUUUUUUGGCUUCUGUGCGUAGCGAACUCCUGGAGUUGAAUUUGGAUAGAUUUAGGGGAAGUUUUGGGGUUUUUUUUUAAUUUUUAUUCUAUUUUUUUUUCCGGUGGGGGAGGGAGGGGGUGGGUUGGUUGUUUUGGGGGUUUUUUUUUGUUUUUUUUUUCCUUUCAGUAUAUAGAUGGCUUUUCUUUCUUUGUCGUUUUAGGUUAUUAAAAAAAAAAAAAUCAAACCAAACUGUACCUUUUUUAAGGAAAACACGUUAAAAAAAAAAAAAAAACCUAAAAAAAAAACCACCAACAAACCACAAGUUAAAAAAAAAAAAAUGUUAGUUUCCAAAGUGACGAGAUGCUUUGCUUAGUUCUGAAGUUAAGGUUUUGUUAAAACUUCUUAAAGUUUGUUUUAAAGGAACCCGUAAAGGUUGUAGUUGCAGAAUCCCAAAGUAGGCUACAUUUCAAAAUUCAGGGUUAUUUUUGUAAGAAUUAAAAUCAUAACGUAACAGUAGUGGCUGCCACCAUUUUAAAAAAAAAAAAACAAAAACAAAAUAA